UCCGGGUCGAAGGGCGGGAUCUUAAAAAAGUUUUUUUUUUUUUUUUUUUAAACAAAAGUGGCUUACUGGUUCAUUUUAUUUUAGUUUUAAUGCUAAAGCCAGCCGGUUUCCACGGAGGCGGGUGUGCGAACGGGUGCCCAGAGCCUGCAGAGCUUGGCCCCCAGCGCUCUGCCCGUCGAAUCUGUCGCUCCCAAUGCUCAGCUGCGCCGCGCCGAGGGCCCCGGCGGGCGGGGUAGGCGGUGACGCCAGUUUAAUUACGUGCCCGGGAAUUGCGGACAUUUGGACUUUGGCCUUCGACCGCGUUCCGAAAAAUCAAAACAAGCGCUGUGGGCGCGGCGCCGGCGCCGCCUCCCGACGUGCCCGCGGCCGCCCCGCCUCGCUCGGGCCGCACAUGAUGGCGGCGGCCGGGGCGCGCGGCGGCGGCCUUUCGGGGCUGCUGCCCGCGCAGACCUCGCUGGAGUACGCUCUGCUCGACGCCGUCGCGCAGCAGGAGAAGGACGACCUGGUCUACCAGUACCUGCAGAAGGUGGACGGCUGGGAGCAGGACUUGGCGGUGCCCGAGUUUGCGGACGGGUUAGAAUGGCUGAACACGGAAAAGCCUAUUUCUCUCUACAAGGACCUGUGCGGAAAAGUGGUCAUCCUUGACUUCUUCAGCUACUGCUGCAUAAACUGUAUCCACCUGUUGCCCGACCUCCACGAGUUAGAGCAUCUCUACUCCGACGAAGAUGGUCUUCUGAUUGUUGGUGUUCACUCGGCUAAGUUCCCAAAUGAGAAAGUCCUGGACAACAUUACGAGUGCCGUUCUCCGAUACAACAUCACCCACCCUGUGGUAAAUGAUGCAGAAGCCAGCCUUUGGCAAGAGCUAGAGGUGUCCUGCUGGCCAACCCUGGUUAUUCUCGGACCCCGUGGAAACAUGCUGUUUUCUUUGAUUGGAGAAGGGCACAAAGAUAAAUUAUUUUUGUAUACUUCUAUAGCUUUAAAGUAUUACAAAGACAGAGGACAGAUCAGAGAUAAUAAAAUUGGAAUAAAACUCUACAAAGACUCUCUGCCGCCUUCACCACUGCUGUUUCCUGGCAAAGUAACUGUGGACCAAGCUACUAAUAGACUGGUAGUAGCAGACACGGGACAUCAUAGAAUUUUGGUUAUUUGGAAAAAUGGACAAAUUCAGUACAGUAUUGGAGGACCUAACCCUGGAAGAAGAGAUGGACUAUUUUCAGAGGCAAGUUUUAACUCUCCACAGGGUGUAGCCGUGAUGGAUAAUAUCAUAUAUGUGGCAGACACUGAAAACCACCUUAUAAGAAAGAUUGACCUAGAAGCUGAGAAGGUGAGCACUGUAGCUGGCGUUGGAGUUCAAGGCACAGAUAAAGAAGGAGGAGCAAAAGGAGAAGAGCAGCCUAUUAGCUCCCCUUGGGAUGUUGUUUUUGGAACAUCAGGUUCAGAGGUUCAGAGAAAUAACAUCUUGUGGAUCGCCAUGGCAGGAAUUCACCAGAUAUGGGCCCUGCUGCUGGAUUCCGGCAAGCUGCCAAAGAAAAAUGAGCUAAAGAAAGGGACUUGUCUUCCAUUUGCUGGCAGUGGGAAUGAAGAGAAUCGGAACAAUGCGUAUCCUCACAAGGCAGGCUUCGCCCAGCCCUCAGGCCUCUCUCUGGCCUCAGAAGAUCCCUGGAACUGCCUCUUUGUAGCCGAUAGUGAGAGCAGCACUGUGAGAACCGUCUCCCUCAAAGAUGGAGCAGUGAAGCCCCUCAUUGGAGGAGAACGAGACCCCAUGAAUUUAUUUGCUUUUGGUGAUGUUGAUGGAGCAGGCAUUGAUGUAAAACUUCAGCACCCACUGGGAGUAGCCUGGGACAAGAAGAGGAAUUUGCUUUAUGUGGCAGACUCCUAUAACCACAAGAUUAAAGUUGUGGAUCCAAAAACAAAAAGCUGUACAACGUUAGCAGGGACUGGAAACACAAAUAAUGUUGCUAGUUCCAGUUUUACUGAGUCGACUUUUAAUGAACCAGGAGGCUUAUGUGUUGGAGAAAAUGGCCAGCUAUUAUAUGUAGCAGAUACCAACAAUCAUCAGAUUAAAGUGAUGGAUUUGGAAACAAAAACAGUUUCUGUGCUGCCCGUCUUCAAGUCUGAAAAUGCUGUGGUAGACGGUCCGCUGCUCCUAGAAAAACCGAAGACAGCGCCCAGACUGCCCAAGUCCGCCCCCGCCGUCAAGCUCCCCCCGGUGUCCGUCUGUCCUGGUCAGACUCUUCAGUUCAGACUUCGGCUAGAGUUCCCAUCAGGAGCGAAGCUGACUGAAGGCGCGCCCAGUUGCUGGUUUCUGUCUGCUGAUGGCAACGAAUGGCUUCUUCAAGGCCAGGCACCAUCUGGAGACAUAGAGAGCAUUUCCGACCAGCCAACGAUUUCACUUCGCAUCCCCGACCGCUGCGGGUCGCCUGACGUAGUUCUGUCUGUCAGCGUGUUUCUGUAUUACUGCAGCGCGGACAGCAGCGCUUGCAUGAUGAAGGGCGUUCUGUUCAGGCAGCCUCUGCAGGUAGCCGACACGCAGGCAGGCCACAGAGCUCCAGUAGAGCUCAGGCACGUGUUCUAGCAAGGCAGCCAGCAGCCGCUUGCCGUCUCCCCGUCCUUCAUCAGCUACCUUUGCUGUGAUUUAUGGAAAGAAAAGUUUAUUUCUGCCUCUGGAUCCACAGAUGGAUGUUGCUCAGUUAAGUUCUAGCAACUUGACUUAAAAUAAAGCUAUGUUCCUUGUCUACUUUUUAUUAUAAAGAAAUUCCUUCAUUCUGGCUGUGCUAGCUGAGUCACUUGCCGUCAUUUAAACCAUGACAGCACACUGUGCUGCUGUUUGGUGCAAGGCCUUAGUCUACACUGUCGUAGAAAGUGCUACCAUAGCAGAAUUUGCAGUGAAUACUGAAAAGAGUAUGAGGCGUUUUAACUGACUUUUUAAAACCUUUUAAAAUAGCAUUCAGCAUAUUUGAAUAGAUUUCAUAGUAACUUUACAUAAACCUAAGCUCCAGUUCAUGUUUGUAUAAGGAUAUCUGCAAUUCAAGGCAUAAGGUCUGUUCUAAGCCAAAAAACAAACAAACUAAACGAAGUAUUUUCAUUAUAGUAGAAAUUUGAAGAGUAUGUGAGUGACUCCACCUAAUUUUUAUUUUCUUCUGUGGUAUUGUCAUUUAGAUAUUUUUAAAAAGAGUUUCAGUCUAUUGUAUUAUAAAUUAUUUGCUGUCUUACCAUACCUCUACUAUGCUUUAUAACUCUGUAUAGGAAAGAUGAGUGUGGAAUAGCUAGGGGAUGCAGAUGCACGCCUUCCCUGGCCUGUGUGGAUGGUGAUGUGUCGUGGUGGCCGUGUUGGUGUCUCAUUGUUUUGAAUGAACACAUGCUUACCAGAUCGUGAUGGGGUCCCCAGAAAUAAUAUGGUUUUCAAAGAGAAAAGACAUAGGACAUAUUACUGUCUGUGAUAAAGAAAUUGUUGUGGCAGCUGGAUCUGAUAUAAAUAGAUAUGUGUGUCGUUUUGGAAAUUUACACUUACUUAUAUGCAUUAAAUGUCAGUUUGUUGGGUUUGGGUUUUUUCGGGGAGCUACCCAUAUUCAGAAUUUAAAUUAUGAUUCAUUGUGAUGUUUUUAAAAAUCAGAUUUAAGCCUUCUGAUUGAAAUUUGCAGUGUAAAAUAUUCCACAUAGUUAACAGAUAUAGUAUAUUCUAAUACAUAACUCUGUUAGGACUAAAACAAUGACUCAUUUGCAUUGUUUUUUAGUUUUUGUUUUUCUGAUUUAAAGAAAAUAGUCACUGAAAUUAGCAGGUUGGUAAAACGUAUUAUCAUGACUUACCCUUUUUUUCGUUUUUGAGAUAGUGAAAAUCGCUCUAUUUUGUCCAUUAAGUUCCCCCAGCUGGCUUGGAGCUGGGGCUCCUCGUGGCCUAGCCUCCCCAGGGCUGGGGUUACGUGCAUGCGCCCGUUCAUAUCAUAGCUAUUCAAAAGCCUAUUCUGUUCUUCCUAAAACUGAUACAACAUGCUUGUAAUUUAAUUAGCUUAUAAGGUUUUUUAAACCUCAGGUAAACCAUGUUUAUUUAUUUAUUAAAUGUUUAUAGACAGUAUGGCAUAAUAUACUCCCUUCUUCUGAAAGUGGUAAAUUUAAAGUGUGAUCUUAGACACCUUUGUCCAUUUCUUUUUAUUCUUUUGAAAUAACAGUUGUGAAACAUUAUUUGCUUAUCUUAUUUAUAAAGUUAGCAAAAUCUCUGAA